CAGAAGUGAUCAGAGCUGAGGAGCGACGUGGUCACUUCAAAAGAGAAGUUGUCGUCAUUUGGAAUUAUUUAUUUAUUAAGGAUACAAUACCUUUAUAUAAACUUUUACUAUAUAUAUUUAUAUACAAAUAGACACCAGUCUGUAUACACCUCGCUUGGAUAUAUGUUGACCUUAAAGUGGAAUUAAUACGAAUCUGUAAAACAGAGCAGGAGGAAUGUAUCAUUUGCUUACGAGCCUAGUGUUUUUGAUAUCAUUGCUCCCUUUCUCACAAGGUAUAACCUGUACAGAGCCCGCUGGAUCGUGCUUAAAUGGUGGGAGAUGCGAAGAUGUUGGGAAAUGCAGGUGUAUUUCUGGAUAUGCUGGAGGGAGGUGCCAAUUUAAAGACCCCUGCAUGAGCUCCCCAUGUAACAAUGGGGGAACUUGUAACUUGAUUGAUCGUGGUAACAGCAUGGACUUUAAAUGUAACUGCAGACUUGGAUUUACUGAUCAGCUGUGCCUCACGCCAAUCAGCCAUGCGUGCCUGAACAAUCCCUGCAAAAAUGGUGGGACCUGUGAUCUCAUCUCUCUCAAUGAAUACAAAUGUCGUUGCCCACCAGGUUGGUCAGGUCAAGUUUGCCAUCAGCCUGACCCCUGUGCCUCUAAUCCAUGUGCCAAUGGUGGUCAGUGUAGCCCAUUUGAUGCUCACUACCGUUGCAAGUGUCCACCAGGUUUUCAUGGACAGUCAUGCGUACAAGAUGUCAAUGAAUGUGCGUUAAAUCCUCCGCAAUGUAAGAAUGGUGGUACCUGUCAUAAUAUGGUUGGCUCUUAUAAAUGCUCAUGUCCAGUGGAGUUCACCGGGAAAAACUGUGAAAUCCUUUAUGUGCCAUGCAGUCCUUCUCCUUGUCUUAAUGGGGGCACAUGUCGACAGACUGGGGAGACUACCUAUGACUGCACAUGUCUGCCAGGAUUUAUAGGUCAGAACUGUGAAACUAAUGUAGAUGACUGUCCAGAUAACAAGUGCCAGAAUGGAGGAACCUGUGUGGAUGGAAUUCACACCUACAACUGCCAGUGCCCACCAGAAUGGACAGGCCAGUACUGCACUGAGGAUGUUGAUGAAUGCCAGCUAAUGCCAAAUGCGUGCCAGAAUGGAGGUACUUGCCAUAAUACUCAUGGUGGCUAUAACUGCGUCUGUGUAAAUGGCUGGACAGGAGAUGACUGCAGUGAAAAUAUUGAUGAUUGUGCUAAUGCUGCUUGCCACAAUGGAGCCACUUGCCAUGACCGUGUUGCCUCUUUCUUUUGCCAGUGUCCACAUGGACGCACCGGCUUGCUGUGCCACCUGAAUGACGCAUGCAUUAGCAAUCCAUGCCGAAUGGGCUCCAAUUGUGAUACUAAUCCAGUUAACGGCAAGGCAAUUUGCACAUGUCCACCUGGCUAUACUGGCUCAGCCUGCAAUGUAGAUGUUGAUGAAUGUGCUCUAGGUGCCAAUCCAUGUGAGCAUUCAGGAAAAUGUAUCAACACCAAGGGUUCCUUUCAGUGCCAGUGUCUUCCAGGUUAUACUGGUCCCCGCUGUGAGCUGGAUGUUAAUGAGUGUAUGUCAAAUCCCUGCAUGAAUGAUGCUACCUGCUUGGAUCAGAUUGGUGGAUUCCAAUGUAUUUGCAUGUCAGGUUAUGCAGGAAUGUUUUGUGAAAACAAUGUAGAUGAGUGUGCCAGCAGCCCAUGUUUGAACAAUGGAAACUGUAUCGACAAGAUCAACGCACAUCACUGCGAGUGCCCCACAGGCUUCACAGGAACGUUGUGCCAGGUGGAUAUAGAUGAAUGUGCUAGUACUCCUUGCAAAAAUGGUGCCAAAUGCAUUGAUGGUUCUAAUAAGUAUACUUGCCAGUGCACUGAGGGUUUUACAGGCCCCCACUGUGAAAUUGACAUUGAUGAGUGCCAGCCAGAUCCUUGCCAUUAUGGAACAUGUAAGGAUGGCGUGGCAACCUUCACUUGCCUCUGCAAACCUGGUUAUGGGGGUCGCCGGUGUGAAACUGAAAUUAAUGAGUGUCAAAGCCAUCCUUGUCAGAAUGGAGGAACCUGUCAGGACAGAGUCAAUGCCUACUAUUGUAUAUGUCCUAAGGGUACAGCAGGACCUAACUGUGAAAUAAAUCUGGAUGAUUGUGAGAGCAAUCCCUGUGAUUAUGGAAAGUGUAUAGACAAAAUUAAUGGCUAUGAAUGUGCCUGUGAGCUGGGUUAUACAGGGUCUAUGUGUAACUUUAAUAUAAAUGAGUGUGCUUCCAAUCCCUGCCACAAUGGUGGUACUUGCAAAGAUGGCAUCAAUGGCUUCACCUGUGUGUGCCCAGAAGGGUAUCAUGACCCUACUUGUCUUUCAGAAGUGAAUGAAUGCAACAGUAACCCCUGCAUUCAUGGCAGUUGCCAGGAUGGAGUCAAUGGUUACAAAUGUGUUUGUGAUCCAGGCUGGAGUGGCACUAACUGUGACAUUAAUAACAAUGAAUGUGAUUCAAACCCUUGCAUGAAUGGAGGGACCUGCAAAGACAUGACAAGUGGAUACAUUUGUGCCUGUAGAGCAGGCUUCAGUGGUCCCAAUUGCCAGACAAACAUUAAUGAAUGUGCUUCAAAUCCUUGUCUUAACAAAGGCAAUUGCAUUGAUGAUGUAGCUGGAUAUAAAUGCAACUGCAUGCUUCCAUAUACUGGAGACAACUGUGAACUAGUGCUUGCUCCAUGUGUUUCAAACCCCUGCAAGAACGAUGGAAAAUGUAGGGAGUCUGAGGAUUAUGAGAGUUUCUCAUGUGAUUGUCCAGAAGGAUGGCAAGGGCAGACUUGUGAAAUCGACAUCAAUGAAUGUGUUGAAAAUCCCUGCCAAAACUCAGCCUCCUGCCAGAACACCAUUGGCAGCUACAAGUGUAACUGUAAGACAGGCUACUCUGGCCGCAACUGUGAAACGGAUAUUGAUGACUGCCAGCCAAAUCCUUGCAGUAAUGGUGGCUCAUGUUCAGAUGGCAUCAACACGUUUGUAUGUACCUGCCUUCUGGGAUUUCGUGGAUUGAAAUGUGAAGAGGAUAUCAAUGAAUGUGACAGCAAUCCUUGCAAAAAUGGAGCCAACUGCACUGACUGUGUGAACAGCUAUACUUGCACUUGCCCACCGGGCUUCAGUGGAAUACACUGUGAGAACAACACCCAAGACUGCACUGAAAGCUCUUGCUUCAAUGGAGGCACAUGUUUGGAUGGCAUCAAUACAUUUACCUGCUUAUGCCCACCUGGCUUCACAGGAAGCUACUGCCAACAUGAUAUCAAUGAAUGUGACUCAAAGCCUUGCCUAAAUGGUGGCACCUGUCAGGACAGUUAUGGCACAUACAAGUGUACCUGCCCUCAUGGAUACACAGGAAUAAACUGCCAGAAUCUUGUACGUUGGUGUGACUCCUCCCCAUGCAAGAACGGAGGCACAUGUUGGCAGACAAACACUUCCUAUAGCUGCCAAUGCAAAAGUGGCUGGACUGGACUCUAUUGUGAUGUUCCAAGCGUCUCCUGUGAGGUAGCAGCCCGUCAACAAGGCACAGAUUUGGCACACUUAUGCAGAAAUUCAGGCCUUUGUGUGAAUGCAGGAAAUACUCAUUACUGCCAGUGUCAAGCUGGUUAUACAGGCAGUUACUGUGAGGCCCAAGUAGAUGAGUGCAUCCCCAAUCCCUGUCAGAAUGGUGCCACCUGUACUGACUACUUGGGAGGUUACUCCUGUGAGUGUGUACCAGGAUAUCAGGGAAUGAACUGUUCAGAUGAAAUCAAUGAGUGCCUUUCACAGCCUUGCCAGAAUGGUGGGACUUGCAUAGAUCUGAUCAACACUUACAAGUGUUCAUGUCCUCGAGGAACACAAGGUGUACAUUGUGAAAUUAAUGUUGAUGACUGCAAUCCUUCUGUGGAUCCCAUCACGCAAGAACCAAAGUGUUUUAAUGGUGGAAAAUGUGUCGACAAGGUUGGUGGAUACCAAUGUAUCUGUCAGGCUGGAUUUGUGGGAGAGCGCUGUGAAGGUGAUGUCAAUGAAUGCUUGUCAAAUCCAUGUGACCCAAGAGGCACUCAGAACUGCAUACAGCUAAUAAACAGCUAUCGGUGUGAGUGCCGCACUGGUUAUACUGGAAGGCGUUGUGAUGCAGUUUUUGAUGGCUGCAAGGGAAAGCCGUGCCAAAAUGGAGGGACAUGUGCAGUGGCCAGUAACACACCUCAUGGAUUCAUCUGUAGAUGCCUUCCAGGCUUUGAAGGGUCUGCAUGUGAAUAUGAUUCCCGAUUCUGUGGAAGUCUUCAGUGUCGAAAUGGAGGAACCUGUAUGUUGGUUUCAAAAAGUCCUAAGUGUUUGUGCCCAGCAGCCUUUACUGGCACUGAAUGCCAGUAUCCAGUCAAUAGUCCCUGCAACUCUAACCCAUGUUACAAUGGAGGAACUUGCAAGCCUUCUGCAGAAUCUCCUUUCUACCAGUGUGAGUGUCCCACCAAAUUCAAUGGAAUCUCUUGCCACAUACUGGACCACACUUUCACAGGUGGAAUAGGUCAAAAUAUCACACCACCUCCUGAGAUCACAGAGCGAUGUGAGAACCUAGAAUGUGAGAACCGCAAGAACAACAAGAUUUGUGAUAGCCUGUGCAACAACCAUGCAUGUGGCUGGGAUGGGGGUGACUGUUCCCUUAAUUUCAAUGAUCCAUGGAAGAACUGCACUCAGUCCCUGCAGUGCUGGCGCUACUUCAAUGAUGGAAAAUGUGACACACAAUGCAACAACCCUGGCUGUCUCUAUGAUGGCUUUGAUUGUCAAAAUGUGGAUGGGCAGUGCAACCCUUUAUACGAUCAAUACUGUAAAGAUCACUAUGCUGAUGGACACUGUGAUCAAGGUUGCAAUAAUCCAGAGUGUGAAUGGGAUGGCCUUGACUGUGCCAAUAUGCCAGAAAAAUUGGCAGAAGGCCGGCUAGUGCUAGUGGUGCACAUCUUACCUGAACAGCUGAAGAACAAUUCGUUUGGCUUCCUCAGAGAGCUCAGUAGGGUACUUCACACCAAUGUUGUCUUCCGCAAAGAUGAGAAAAGCGAGUACAUGAUAUACCCAUACUACGGCAGUGAACAGGAGCUCAAAAAACAUAAUAUCAAGAGAUCAACAGGCAGCUGGAGUGACUUCUCCAGUAAUGUCUUUACCAAGAUGAAGACAUCUAUGUACUCAGCUAUAAACUCCAGAAAACGUAGAGAGCUGGAUGCCAUGCAAAUUAAAGGCUCUGUUGUACAUUUGGAGAUUGACAACCGACAGUGUUACCAACAAUCAACAGAAUGUUUCCAGAGUGCAACAGAUGUGGCUGCUUUCCUUGGUGCUCUUGCCUCCAGUGGAAAUUUGAAUAUGCCUUAUGUUAAAUCUGUCACAAGUGAGACAGAUUUUAAGACGAAGACACCUGAGCUGUACCCUAUGUAUGUGGUGGUGGCAGCACUUGUGCUAUUAGCAUUUAUUGGCAUUGGGGUCUUAGUCUCCCGAAAACGCAGGAGAGAGCAUGGACAACUGUGGUUUCCCGAGGGCUUCAAAGUGACAGAACCAAGCAAGAAGCAGCGACGUGAGCCUGUUGGGGAGGACUCUGUUGGCUUAAAGCCGUUGAAAAACUCUCUGGACAUGUCCUUAAUGGAUGAUAAUCAAAAUGAAUGGGGUGAUGAGGAGCCAUCCGACACCAAACGAUUCCGGUUUGAAGAACAAGCAAUGUUAGACUUUGAUGAUCAAACAGAUCACAGGCAAUGGACACAACAACACUUAGACGCAGCUGAUCUUCGUGUGCCGUCCAUGGCUCCUACCCCACCACAGGGGGAAAUUGACAAUGACUGUAUGGAUGUGAAUGUUAGGGGACCAGAUGGCUUUACUCCACUCAUGAUAGCAUCAUGUAGUGGUGGAGGACUGGAGACUGGAAAUAGUGAGGAAGAAGAAGAUGCCUCUGCCAACGUCAUUUCAGAUUUCAUCUACCAAGGCGCAAAUCUUCACAACCAGACAGAUCGCACAGGAGAGACAGCACUACAUCUGGCAGCAAGAUAUGCCCGUUCUGAUGCAGCCAAGCGCCUCCUGGAAGCCAGUGCAGAUGCAAACAUCCAGGAUAACAUGGGGCGCACACCAUUGCAUGCUGCCGUGGCAGCUGAUGCUCAGGGAGUUUUUCAGAUUCUAAUAAGAAACCGAGCCACAGACUUGGAUGCUCGCAUGCAUGAUGGGACCACUCCACUGAUUCUGGCAGCUCGCCUUGCAGUGGAAGGCAUGGUGGAGGAGCUCAUUAACUGCCACGCAGAUGUUAAUGCGAUUGAUGACUUUGGCAAAUCUGCUCUGCAUUGGGCAGCAGCUGUGAACAAUGUGGAGGCUGCAGUUGUGCUGCUGAAGAACGGGGCCAAUAAGGAUAUGCAGAACAAUAAGGAGGAAACACCAUUGUUCCUUGCAGCUAGAGAAGGCAGCUAUGAGACAGCAAAAGUCUUGUUAGAUCACUUUGCCAACAGGGAAAUUACUGACCACAUGGACCGUCUGCCAAGGGACAUUGCCCAGGAACGUAUGCACCAUGAUAUUGUGCGAUUACUGGAUGAAUACAAUUUAGUCAGGAGCCCUCCACUGCACAAUGGGUCUAUUGGGGCAACGCUCUCACCGCCUCUUUGCUCCCCGAACAGUUACCUUGGGAACUUGAAACCUGCAGUUCAGAGCAAGAAAGCCAGAAAGCCAAGUGCCAAGGGAAUGAGCUGCAAUGGAAAAGAGGCCAAAGAUGUCAAAGCACGGAGGAAGAAGUCCCAAGACGGGAAGGGAAACCUGCUUGACAGUUCAGCUGUGCUCUCUCCAGUAGAUUCCCUUGAAUCUCCUCAUGGCUACUUGUCAGAUGUGGCAUCACCUCCAAUGAUGACAUCUCCUUUUCAACAGUCCCCUUCAAUACCCCUCAACCAUAUGCAGAGUAUAUCAGAUGCUCACAUUGGAGUAAACCACCUGGGUAUGACCGGAAAGCAAGAUAUUUCAAUAGGUGGUGCCAACAGAAUGCCAUUUGAGUCAGUACCACCUCGUCUGUCUCAUUUACCAGUGUCCAGUCCAAACAGCACAGUUCCACAGCACAAUGGCUCUAUGUCCUUCACCAUGAGUGGAGCUCCAGGUGUGAAUGGUCAGUGUGACUGGCUAUCCAGAAUACAGGCAACUAUGGGGCAAAACCAGUUUAAUCCAAUGAGAAAUACCAGUCAGGGCAGCAUUCAUCAGAGUAACCAGGCUCUUCAGCAUGGCAUGAUGACCACUUUGCAUAACGGAUUACCAACAACUACCCUUUCUCAGAUGAUGAGCUACCAGGGAAUGCAAAACACAAGGCUCACUAGUCAAACACACCUAAUCCAGGCUCAGCAAAUGCAGCAGGUGCAAAACCAGCAGAACCUCCAGCUCCAGCAGCAACAAACCAUGCACCCGCAACUGCAACACCAAAAUUCUAACAGUGCUACCAGCAGUCAUGCACUGAGCCAGAGCUUCAUUGGGGGUGACUUAAACCAGCCUGAUCUGCAGCUUUCAGGAAACACCUUGCCCAUUCACACUAUUCUGCCACAAGAGCCCCAGAUCUUGCCCUCCUCCAUUACCCAGCCAAUUGCAACCACCCAGUUUUUGACUCCCCCUUCACAGCACAGCUACUCUUCACCACUGGACAAUACUCCAAACCACCAGCUCCAAGUGCCAGAUCACCCCUUUCUGACCCCAUCCCCAGAAUCACCUGACCAAUGGUCUAGCUCUUCUCCACAUUCCAAUAUGUCAGACUGGUCAGAAGGCAUCUCCAGCCCUCCAACCAGUAUGCAGUCUCAAAUUUCCCACAUUCCAGAUCAAUUUAAGUGAAGCAGCUUGGCUUUGCUUAUCCUGAAAACACCGUGGCCCACAGUGGGCUGCUGGGAUUUUGUAUUUCUAUAUAUUAUAUAGAAGCACUCUUAAAAGACUGAAGGAUUUUUUAUAUAUCAAAAGAAGAGUAAUGUUCUGAUCAUUUUUGUAUUUAUUUAUGGGCUUCCAUGUGGCAUAAGAUCACUGCCUUGUUAUUUAUACUUUUAUUUGUUGUCUGUUUUUAUAAGAAGAAUAAUGACACUCCAAGAGUUGGACUAGAGUUUUUAUAUCCUUGGAGAAGAAAAGCAGAUGGGGCUUUUUUUCUUUUCAUUUUCUAUUGCUUUUGUAAAUAUGGAUGCUAAAACUGUCAUCUGAGUUGUGAACAAAGAUUCAUGAUCUAAUCACUGGUUUCUUUUUGAAUAUGCAAGUAAUGCCCCUUAUUUGGAAGUGUGGGGGAAAGCCACGUUUUUUAUCAGCAGAAGUCUUACUCAUAAGCUACAGUUUAGGACACCUGUCAUAAAUACUUGUUUAACAUGUCAGUAUUAUUUCUGUGCUUCUUUAACUUAACAAAAAUUAGGUAUUUUGUUACCUGAUCAAAUCAGGAUGUGUAAGCUGAAGUUCCAAGGUUGGUGAAUGCUUUUGACAAAAUUGUAUGAUGAUUUUGAAAUCUUUACUGUUGUUCAGCUCUAGGCCAGAAGAGCCAGCCCCCUAUCACUUAUUGGACUGUUUCAGUGGCCUAAAGCCAAGAAAGGAGUGUGUACAUAUAUACGUUUCCAAAAUUGUUUGGGCACCUGUGGCACUUCAUUUUAUAUUCAAGUUUAUUGUCGUGUAUGAUAAAUGGAUAGAAACUGUCCCUGGAUCUCCUGAUCCAAGUACCAGUGGUCCCAUACUGUUUACCAGAUGGAAGGAGUGAGAAAAGUGGCUUAGUGGGAUGGCUGAUGUGUUUAAUACAGUUUGCCUUUCUAAUACAAUGAAUAUUGUAUAUGUCCUGAACAGAAAGCAGGCUUUUGGUAUAUUCUAUGCUGUCUUCACCGCCCUCUACAGUGUUUUACAUUCUUCAGCCAAGCAGGGGCCAUACCAGAAUGUGAUGCACCAAUCUACUACACAUCUGUAAACGUUAGGAAGACCAAAUGGAGAAGUCUGAGAAAGUAGAGGCAUGGGCACGCCCUUUUGACAAGAACCAAGAUAUGAUGUGCCCACUUCACUUGAUCAGUAAUGGUCACUCCCAGGAAAUGUAAAGCUCACUGCCUCCACAGCAUCCCCUCCAGUCUAGAUGGGAGUGUAGUCUUAUAUACUGUAGCAGCUGGGACAGAAUGAAGGUGGAAACUUGGCUACCAUGAUGUAUGAAAAACUUGGAUACCACAAAAUUACUAUAUGUGAAUGUAGUUUAUACUUUCUGUAUGCUUCCAUGAAAGCCUUACACCCAUUAUUAUAUGCCACCUGAAGAGGCAAUAGGCCAUCGGAUCAUAAUAGCCAGGGGGUGGAUUUGUAUCUAUUACUACUGCAUCUUACUAAUAGACAGCAAUACUUUAUAUUUAAAAUACAGCAACAGUGGCAGGUAUAUCAGUGUGUACAUAUGAGUUUUUAUAACAAAUAAGCAGGAUUUUGUUUAAAAAAUCUGUUUUUAUUACAGAGUCUUAAACAUAUCUUUAAUGGGAGGUGUCACAAUUUUCAAAGAGAAAGUGGUUGACAUUAUGCGUAUAUAUUUUAUAGCAGCCAGAUUUAUAUGUGAUAUUUAUUUUAAAAAAAAAACUAUAUAUAUUAAUUAUUUUUAAACAUUAAGGGGUGCUCAUAGAUUGUGCUAUGUAAUUUUUUUUGUUGAAAAGUAGUAAACCAUGAAGGAAUUUGAAUCUGACAAGUUUUACAAGUUUAUCUAUCUGCCCUUACCUUGUGAGGACAAAUUCCUUGGUCCUCAAUAUUAUAAUUUAAUGUGUCUUUAAUUAUUUUUAUGUCCUAGCUAACUAGUUCAUCUCCAGUGUGCUCCUGUGAGUGUGCUAGUGUCUAGCAUGUCUUCAGCUCUAUUGAUGUUGAUAUGUGUUUUUAUUUAUUUUGUGGCAAUAUGAUUCAGAAAACCAUUUUUUAAAUGUUACCUCCUAAAAUUGUCCGUAUCAAUUAAAUUAAUUCAAAAGGUAACGAGACACUUUACAAGAUUUUUUCCACCAAUAGGAGUCUGCUAAUUCGAAUUUUCAAUGGCUGCAGUUUAUUUUGUUUGUGCCCUCACCGAGGUAAUUUUUAAAGUACAGUGACCGGCUCUUGGGCGCUUCUGUCUUUGUUCUAGAUGUGAUACGUAGCUAGAAAAUUAGUUGGGACUUUGAAUGUAAAUAUACAUUUUUAUUUUAACCUUCUAUGUAAAAUUGUCUUAAGUUGAAAAUAAGCUUAUUUAUUUUGAUAUAGAUUCACCUGCAUCUCAUGAGUGUUUUUAGAACAUUUUUUUAUCUUAAUUACUGUCCACAUCCUCUUGCAAUAUUGUGACACCCCUGUUAUUUCUGCUGAUAAGCAGAAUGGGCUCUUAACUGUUCUGUUUUAUAAACUAGCCUGUAGUUUACAAAGGAAAAAGAGUGAUCUUACCUGCAAAGUUCUAGUUUGCAAAAAAAAAAAAAAUACUUAAAAAAAAAAACUAUUUUCUGUUAACUGAUUUGUAAACAUUUGUUGCUAUAAUAAAUGAUGCUGUUCAGCAUUUGUUCUUUACUACAAUAUGAUUUGUUUAUUUUUCAAUCUUUUUUACCUAACAAAUAAAGUGUAGAUGGGCACAAAAAGAUAGCUGGCUGACAAAUCUCAACUAAGUGAGUAAAUUCAAGAUACGAUGUUUUAUUAUAAUUUUUAAAUACUUUUAACUAAAUGUUGUCAUGUUUCUCCCAUAAGGAGAUGAUCAGCUUUAUUAGCCAUGUGUCCAGAUCUGGAUUGAGAGAAAGUGUGUUGUUGUUGGCACUUGUUUUUAAUUUUUGGGAAAAUUGACACUCCAUUUUAAUCUCAAUUACAUUUUAGUCAAAAAUUCAA